UCCUCCUCGCGUCAUGCGGACAUCCUCACCCUCACCCCGCGGACACCGGAGCGCCACCCGGCCAACCCACGCACCUCCCAGUGAGCCGCUCACGUCUUGCUCACCUCGGACAUUUAUCUGGGAAACACAUAUCUGUGUGCAUUCCUGAAGAUUUACCUGAAGUAUUAGAUUAUUAUUAUUUUUGUUGACUUUUCUUUGAGACUUUCGGGUGCGUAAAAGGAUUCGGCCGGGCCAGUUUUCUGGAAGCUCAGGUUAGAGAAGGAUGGAGAGCUUCCUUCACCUGGCUCUGCUCCUGCAGCUGGCGCUCUGGGAAACGAUGGAGGCCAUCCACCCAGACUGCGCUCUGGUGCUGCAGCACAUGAAGGCUCAAGAAGAAUGCUAUCGUACUCUUGAACAAGAGGAAAACAACCACUCUUCUAAGACAGGUUGUCCAACGUUGUGGGAUGAUAUUCGCUGUUGGAACCGAGCUGAGGAGGGACAGGUGGUCAAGGUCUCCUGUGGCAACAUCUCUCAGCUGUUUGUAGAUAACGAAGCUUAUGUUUAUAGGAAAUGCACUGAGGAGGGUUGGUCCGAGGUCCAGCCGGAUUACUAUGUUGCCUGUGAGUUUGAAGAUGAUGAUGAGGAGAAAGGACAAGAGACGACAUAUUUCUCCAACUUUAAGCAGUUGUACACUGCUGGCUAUGCUACCUCACUCAUCUCACUUAUAUCAGCCAUUUUUGUUUUCACUGUUUUCAGGAAGUUUCACUGCACCAGGAACUACAUCCACAUCAACCUGUUCUUCUCCUUCAUCCUGAGAGCCAGCGCUGUCUUCAUCAAAGACCUGGUUCUUUUUUCUGAUGAAAAUAUGGACCACUGCUUCAUGUCAACAACAGCCUGCAAGUCCGCUGUGGCCUUUUUCCAGUUCAGUAUCCUGGCCAACUACUUCUGGCUGCUGGUGGAGGGCAUGUACCUGCAGACGCUGCUCGCACUCACCUUCGUCUUUCAAAAGAAAUACUUUUGGUGGUAUAUACUGAUCGGCUGGGGUCUACCAACGAUAAUCAUUACAGCCUGGAUUCUCACUCGAAAUUUCUACAAUAAUAACGGGUGCUGGGAUGACACAGAUGUGGCCUUCAUCUGGUGGAUCAUUAAGGGUCCAAUAACUGCCUCCCUACUGGUGAACUUCAUCAUCUUUCUGAACGUGAUCCGUAUUCUGGUCCAGAAGCUGACGUCUCCUGGAGUCGGUGGCAACGAUACAAGCCAUUUUAAGCGACUGGCCAAAUCCACCCUGCUGCUCAUCCCACUGUUUGGGAUGCACUACAUGGUGUUUGCCUUCCUGCCAGAACAUACAGGAGCAGAAGCUCGCAUUUUCAUCGAGCUGGGUCUGGGAUCUUUCCAGGGAUUUGUCGUGGCCUUGCUGUACUGUUUCCUAAAUGGAGAGGUGCAGGCUGAGAUGAAGAAGCGGUUUUGGAAGUGGCAGACUCAGAGUUACCUGAGCUACAGCAAGCGGCGGCGUACGUUGUUCAACGAAAGCAGCACUGUCACACAAAUAUCCGUCCUGGACAAAUCCAGUCCCAAAGAGCAGCCGGGCUCCGAAGCACACACCCUCACGCCCAACAACGUGUCUGCCGUCUAAGAGACAGCCGACGGGUCGGACAGAUACGUCUGUUUCCAUGCACAGCUGCCUGGUAGGUCGUGCUGUGCCGGUCCUAAACCUCAGAGGUUGUUUUUAUUCAGAACAAACGUGGACCUCUGAACUUGUUGCGCGAAAAGUCAGCAUCAUCCCACACAUGUUUACAGCACAUUCAGAUGUCCCCCCCAAGA